CUUUUCUCUGGUACGUGAACUGAAAAUCCCUUCCUUUUCGUUUCCUGUGAGGAUGGACAAGGAUCACUUGUACGCAUUCAGCAACCGGUUUGGUUGCUGAAACCUAAAGGAUUCCCAGCUGGGUCGGAAGCUUUUGACCUUCAAACUGAUGAUUAAUCGAAGAAUGGUGCAAUUUUUGUUUACGUGUAAAUAAAACGGUCGCCAUCCGAACCGGUAGUUAAAUCGUGCGGCUCUCCUUGCCCCUUCAGUUGGCCUUACCUUAAUCCCAGAGAACUUGGGGUGUCCAAGAGAAUGCAGUCUUCUCCAGUAAUGGCCACCAAAUUCCAUUGCGCAAAACCCGUCGUUGUCUGUAAGCAGAGACCCAACUUUUUCCGGGGCCCCGAGAACUUCAAACUCAAGCCUUUUAAUCGAAACCCAGAUCAUAUUUUGGUCAGUCCAAUCACCUCCACCAUUUCUACAAGGGGCAUAUGGGAUUUCACAAAGUGCAUCAAUAUCUCAUGGAGAUGGGUUUCUCAGAUUCUCUCUGUUUACUUGCUUUUUCUCAAUAUUGUUGCUGAUGCUCAGGCCUAUGAUUACCCAUCUCCUUCUUCUUCUUCUUCUGUUUAUGCUUGUGAAGAUGUUAACAAUUACUAUGCCAAUGUGGAGCAUUUAGAGGGUAAAUCACUCAAGAAGAAACUGAAUUCCAUCAUUGGCAAGCAUCAAUCUUUAUCUUACAGAGAGGUGUGGAAUGCUCUCAAGAUUCUAGAUGCUUCGGAUGUUGACAACCCAGAAGCUUCAUCAGGGAUAGUUGAAAUUUACUCCGUGAAGGUUGUACCAAAGUCAUUAGCUGGAAAGCCUGAAGGAUGGAAUAGAGAGCACUUAUGGCCUCGUUCUUAUGGUUUGAAAAAUGGUCCAUCCCUGACUGAUAUACACAACAUUCGCCCUGCAGAUGUGAAUGUCAAUUCCUCCAGGGGGAACAAAUACUACGGAGAAUGCAGUGUUAAUUCGGCUAAAUGUUUGAAGCCAGCAAGUAAAGAAGCUGCUUUGGACACAGAAACUGACAAGGAUAGAUGGGCACCACCUAAACAGCAUAGAGGAGAUAUUGCUAGGGCACUGAUGUACAUGGCGGUAUGUUAUGGAUAUCGUCAAACAGAUGGAGGCCCAGUUCUUCACCUUUCAGAUUCUCCAAAAAUUUCAAAGAGUGAGAUGGGACUGCUUUCUACGUUGUUAAAGUGGAAUGAGAUUGAUCCCCCUUCAAGAGAGGAGAAAUUGAGAAAUGACAGAGUAUGCAAGUUUUAUCAACACAACAGAAAUCCUUUCGUUGAUCAUCCAGAAUAUGCCACUCUCAUAUGGAAAGAACAUAUCUUGAGCCAUCAUGCUUUCCAUCCUCUUCCUAGAAGUCAUCAAAUUCAAAACAACAAACAAGGUAUUAAUUCUUUAAAUGCAUGUACUUUUUUAAUACGAGAAGAAUGAAAGUUUCAGAGCAUACAUAUAAAUAACAUACCUGCAAAGCACGGCAUACACAUUUGAAGUUUGUUAAAGGAUACUGUGAAGGAACCCUUGUGUCCAGGUGUACAAUGUUCUUCUUAAACUGUAUGAAUGAUGCAAUACCAUGUGUCCAGAAACUGCAUUCCAUAGUCCAAUUUGAUUCUCUUUUCUGUUAGAAAGAAAAAUAGUUUGCUUGUGCCAUUACGCCUUAAAUUAUAUGAAGUGUUUACUACUAUGGUUAUUAUUUGGGUGGCGCUCCAGGAAACUUUAGCAAGCAAGUCAUCAGAUAGCAGGAUUCAAGCUUCAAGGAACCAAGCACAUGGAGAAUUGUUAUGAAGGGCUGGCUGGAAACGGUAAUGGUCACUUGGUUUGUAAGCCUUGAUUCUGGGGAUGGUAGUCGAGGAAGGUUGUGGUAAUGCAUGUGGUUUGUUCACAUACCUACCAACCUAUCAUAUCACUGGAGGCAAACUGAGAUGGACUGGCUAUGCAAACCUGUAGCACAUGGAAUACGAAUUGGUGAAUCAUAUAUAUAGGCUUUGCCCCUAUUCAAAGAGGAUUAUGAAUUGGUGAAUUGUGCCAAUAAGCACUUCCCUAUAAGUUAAGAAUUUAGUUCUUAUUAUGUAAAUCAUAUACAGUGUGAUUAUGUGAAACUAGCUUGGCAUGUAAAUUCUAUAUGAAUCGCAGCAAUUGUAAGUUUGUAACUAUGAACUAGUUUAGUUUGCUGGCACAACAGCAAACAAGCUACCAAAGGCUUAGAGAAAUACAUUGGAUUUGUGAUGCCAACUGUUUUGAUAUUCUCCUAUUUUUCUAACCUGUUGCUAUCACAAAUCUCCUAUCUCUGUAAAUAAUUAAUUCGAUUAAAUUAUUGAUGAAGUUACAAUG